AUGAGGAUUUCGAUUAAAAGAGGUGUUUGGACAAACACAGAGGAUGAGAUCCUCAAGUCUGCUGUGAUGAAAUACGGGAAGAACGAAUGGGGUCGUACGUCUUCCUUACUUGUGCGCAAAUCCGCUAAACAGUGUAAAGCUCGUUGGUACGAAUGGCUCGAUCCUUCCAUCAAAAAGACUGAGUGGACCAGAGAGGAAGAUGAGAAGCUGCUUCAUCUUGCUAAGCUCCUGCCGAGUCAAUGGAGAACAGUCGCUCCCAUGGUCGGCCGCACUUUGUGUGAAUGCAUCGACCGCUACGAAAAGCUUCUGGAUGCAGCUUGUAAGCACGGGCUCGAUUAUCCAAUACAAGGGGUAAAAAAGGCAAAAAGGAAUGCCCGGGAGAAGCAGCUUGAAGAAGCCAGUCGCCUUGCUUCUUUACUAAAGUGGAGAGAAUUGAAGGCGGCCGGAAUUGAUGAUUACAGUAAAAGGAAGAAUUUCGACCGCAAUGCUGAGAUCCCCUUUGAAAUCAGGCCGCCACUUGGCUUUUAUGACGUCGUUGAUGAAAUUUCAAUAGUUGAGCAACCUAAAUUCCUAACCACCAUCGAGGAACUGGAAGGUGAAAGAAGGGCUGAUAGAGAGGCCCGUUUGAGAAAGCAGGACAUUGUGAUGAACAAAAUAACAUGGAGACAUGAUGCUCCAUCUGCUAUACUCCGAUCUAACAAACUAAGAUGGACCUCCCGAAACCACAGAUUCCAGAUUAUGAAUUACAACACAUCGCAAAAAUGGGUCUUCCAGCUUUGA